CUUUCGCAGUCCCUUUUGAAAACGGAAAAGCUCACAAAAGACCAAAUAAGAAUCGAAGAUCUGUAAACUCUGUGGUGUCGCCGUAUUUGACCCAUCAAACGCCAUUCCUUUCUCCACUCAAUCAUUCAGCAUCUUCAGAUUAGGGUUCCUGAAUUUCUAAAUCUCCUUAUGAAUUUAUAGUUCACCAUCGAAGUACACAAUCACCAACGGAUCUAAAUUAACCUUCCAUCGAUUCGACACCUAGUAAGGUACAUAUGGAUUUAUUAAGUUAUGUUCCAACUGGGUUCAUGGAUCAUUUGAAAAAUGCAUCUGACUUGAUCACAUUUGCAUAUGAUGCACCUUUUGCUCGAGCUGUUGUUUUUGGAGUCCAUAUAGGAGGUCAUCUGUUUGUGGAAGGUCUACUCUUAGUAGUUAUAUUAUUUUUACUCUCUCAGAAGAGUUACAAGCCACCUAAACGCCCUUUAACAACCAAGGAGAUAGAUGAGUUAUGUGAUGAAUGGGUACCAGAGUCUCUUAUUCCACCUGUAACAGAUGAGAUGAAAAGAGAAGUUCCAAUACUCUCAAGUGCUGCAGGACCACAUACAAUCAUUGAUGGCAGAAAAGUGAUUAAUUUUGCUUCAGCAAAUUACCUUGGAUUAAUGGGACAUGAAAAGUUACUUGAAUCAUGUACUUCUUCACUGGAGAAAUAUGGUGUUGGAUCUUGUGGUCCUCGUCAAUUUUAUGGAACCAUUGAUGUUCAUCUUGACUGCGAAACCAGAAUAGCAGAGUUUUUGGGAACUCCUGAUUCCAUCCUCUACUCUUAUGGACUCUCAACUAUGUUCAGUGCAAUUCCAGCAUUUUGUAAGAAAGGAGAUAUCAUUAUUGUAGAUGAAGGUGUUCAUUGGGGGAUACAAAAUGGAUUAUACUUAUCAAGAAGCACAAUUGUGUAUUUUAAACACAAUGAUAUGCAGUCUUUACAAAGUACAUUAGAGAAAGUUACUCAAGACAACAAACGAGCUAAGAAACUUAGACGUUACAUUGUUGUAGAAGCUUUAUACCAGAAUUCAGGUCAAAUCGCUCCUCUAGAUGAGAUUAUUCAACUUAAGGAGAAGUACAAAUUUCGUGUUUUGUUAGAUGAAAGCAACUCUUUUGGUGUUCUUGGUAAAUCUGGUAGAGGUUUAUCUGAACACUUUAAUGUUCCGAUUGAUAAGAUAGAUAUAAUAACUGCUGCAAUGGGACAUGCAUUGGCCUCAGAAGGUGGUUUUUGCACAGGAAGUCACCGAGUUAUUGAUCACCAAAGGCUGAGCAGCUCCGAGGAAAACCCUCAACUCAUAACAAAGUUAAGAGAUAAUUCUAAAAUAUUAACCACAGGGUUGUCAGAUAUACAAGGGUUGGAACUUGCAAGUGAUGUAAUGUCGCCUCUUGUUUUCCUCAAGCUAAAAAAAUCUACAGGGUCUGUGAAGAGUGAUCUUCAAUUACUCGAAGAUCUUGCUGAUUGUGUAUUAAAGGAACACUCGGUGUUUGUAACAACUUGUAAACGAUCGAUGGUGGAUAAAUGCAAGUUGCCUGUGGGAAUCAGAAUGUAUGUCUCAGCUGCUCAUACAGAAUCUGAUCUGAAGAAAGCAUGUGAAGCAUUGAAGAACAUUGCAUCUUCGGUAUUUAACUCAUCAAAACUAAACUAAACAUAAAGUCAUCAACAACAACAAUUUUGUGUAAG